AUGAAAAGACUUGUAAAAAUAAUUGUAUCAGUGAUUUUGAUCAGUGUUGCCUUGGUGGCAUUAGUACACAAAACUUCUCCUGAUGUCUCUUAUGACUUGGAUUUACUAAACAGGUUCUGUCAGUCAAAAGAAAGUAACAAAGUAAACUAUCUAUUUGAACACACAGAAAGUGAUCGACAUCUCAAGAGUAAUGUAUGGGAUGGUGUGCCUGUCAAAGGUGCAAUAUAUAUGUUUGUCAGAAACGAGCAACUGCAAGAUGCCCGUGCCACAAUGCGCAGUAUUGAGGAUCGAUUUAAUAGUCAACAGGUCAAUGGGAGUUAUCCUUGGAUCUUUUUAAAUCACCAGAGAUUUACGCCUGAAUUUAUCAAAUAUAUUAGAAAAGUCGCCAAUGAUCCAGAUCAAGUAUAUUUUGGGCGUGUUGAUCUAGAAGCGUGGCAUUAUCCAGCCUGGAUUGACUCACAUCGAGCUGAAAAUGCUGUGAAGCGAAUGGUUGCUUUAGGCAUCCAAAACUCAUAUAGUCUAUAUCAUCGUCAACGUAUGAGAUAUCAAACAGGCUUGUUUUUUCAUCAUUCAUUGUUUGAUACAGUGGAAUAUGUAUGGCGUGUAGAGGCAGGCACUGUGUAUGCAUGUGAUAUGUUGUCUUCUGUGCAUGACCCCUUUGUAGCCAUGAAAUUAGGGAAUAGGAAAUUAGGAUUUACUGUUACGAUGAAGGAGAACCCUGGUUCUGUGUUUAGUCUAUGGCCAGCUUCACUACAAUACAUUCGAGAGAAUGCAAACAUGAUUGUGCCUAUUGAAGACGGCAUUAUGCCUUGGCUUAUGAACCGAAAACAUGAAUACAAUUUCUGUUAUAUAUGGCCAGACCAAGAGUUAGUCAGUAUAGCGUAUUUAAGAUCCGAGGAAUACAAGGCCUAUUUUCAUUAUCUUGACCUUGUGGGUGGUUUCUUUUACGAAAGAUGGACAGAUGGAUCAGCAAAGACAAUUGCAGCAGCCAUGUUUUUAAAAAAGAAAGAAAUCAAGUUCUUUAAUAAUAUUGGAUUUACAGAUGCUGCUGCUACUCAUUGUCCUUUUGGAAGUAAACUUAUGGACCGAUGUACAUGUGAUUACCAAGAGAAUUAUAAUUUCAAAAGAAACAGUUGUACUAUUAAUUUACUUCGAUACAUUGAUCCACCCGCUAUCGAAAAUAUGGUUUCUUUUGCCAAACAAAAAUUGAUACAAGAAGAGAAAAACUAA